AUGAUGUGGCCCAAUUUUUUCCUCCAGCAGGAGGAGCAGCGCAUGGGUAGCUUGCGGGGCCGGGUGGGUGGCAAGCGACGCCCGGCCCUCAGCGAUGCCCAGGAGGGCAAGAUCAAGCUGGCCUUCUUCGUGGCCAUUGUGGGGGUGACGCUGACCGUGCUGGCCGUGGGCACCGAGUUCUGGGUGGAGCUCAACACCUACAAGCAGAACCACAGCGCCAUGUGCGAGGCCGCCCACUACGGCCUCUGGAAGUUAUGCUACAAGAAGCUCUGGGUGGAGGACAUGGAGGUGGAGAGGGCGACCUGCGGCCCGGCCGAGCUGCCCGGAGAAGCCAACUGCUCCUACUUCAAAUUCUUCAGCACCGGGGAGAACGCCCGCAUUUUCCAGAGAACGACAAAAAAAGAGCUGAACAUCACGGCGGCUGUGAUCUCUCUUCUGAGCAUCACCCUGAUGGUGAUGGGCUCCCUGUGCAUCACCAUGGCGCUGAGCAAAGGGGUGGAGUUCCUGCUCAAACCUGCCUCCUGCUUCUUCAUGAUCUCCGGGAUCAUGGUGCUGAUCAGCCUGGAGGUUUUCCGCCACUCGGUGAGGCGGCUUAUCGACAGCGACCAGAGCGUGCCGCUGGAGUACGAGUACUCGUGGUCCGUGGCCUGCGCCGUGGCCGCCGGCGCCGUGCUGAUCUUCGGUGGUGGCUGCUUCCUCCUCCUCUCCCUCCCGGCCCUGCCCAAGAAGCCCUGGCAAUGCUGCGCCCGGAGCACCGCCACCAGCAGUGCCUGA